AGUCAUACCCAAAUAAUCAUGGCGCUGCACAUGGCUCUGAAGAACAGUGUUAAAACAAGUAAUUUCUUCUUAAAAUUGCAUUCAUCAAACGUAAAAAUCCUCCAGUCUGCUUCUAUCUGCAUAUGCUCUCAUUUGGAGAAUUCACAUAGAACAGACAUUGUUCGCACAAACCGAAGUGUUUACCCUAGGACAUAUCCGGUAACUUUAGUUCAAUCCGACGGAUCAACAACAACAAUCAGAUAUGCAGAGCCUCGAAAAAUUAUAAAAUUGCCUCUCGAUCUUGAGAAAGUCAGCGCAACAGUGAAAGAAGAGCGUCUUCGUUUAAGAAGACCAAAACAAAAACUAAUAAUUCAAGAAGAUGUUGAUGUUGACUUUAAUGUUGAAGACUAUGAAGAUUUGUGGAAAAAAUGACCGGGUUUUCUUAAGAUUUAGGUCAAUCAGUUUAUUUUAAUGUAAACCUCAAAUGUUAUUCUGAAUUUUUGUGAAUAAAGAGAAUCUAUUUUUUGCUGUUAAACUACA